UUGAUCAGCAUCUCGCCGAGUUGUAACUGUGAUGCAUUGGUUUGUAUUUGUGCGCGGCUGCAGGUCAGAGGUCAGAGGUCAGAUCCAGCGUGCAGCAUGGCGUCAGGCAGCAUGAGCAGCGAGGAGGAGACGAGCAUGAGGGAGUGUGAGGGAUAUGUGCAGAAGCACAGCGUCCAGCAGCUGCUGAAGGACUGCAUCGUGCAGCUGUGCAGCUCACGACCCGACAGACCAAUGGCCUUCCUCAGAGAACACUUCGAACGGCUGGAAAAGGAGGAAGCUAAGCAGCUGCUGACCCAGCAGAAAGCCAGCUCUCGCUCAGACUCUCGUGAAGAUGAGGUGUCUCCUCCCAUGAACCCCGUGGUGAAGGGCCGCAGACGGAGAGGAGCCAUCAGCGCUGAGGUCUACACCGAGGAGGACGCCGCCUCCUACGUCAGGAAGGUCAUUCCUAAAGACUACAAAACCAUGGCUGCUCUCGCCAAAGCCAUCGAAAAAAAUGUGCUCUUCUCACAUCUGGACGACAAUGAAAGAAGUGACAUAUUUGACGCAAUGUUUCCGGUCAUCUACAUCGCAGGAGAGAUAGUCAUCCAGCAAGGUGACGAGGGCGAUAACUUCUAUGUCAUCGAUCAGGGUGAAAUGGAUGUGUGUGUGAAUAGCGAGUGGGUCACCAGCAUCGGUGAGGGCGGCAGCUUCGGAGAGCUGGCUCUGAUCUACGGCACCCCGAGAGCCGCCACCGUCCGAGCCAAGACCAACGCCAAGCUCUGGGGCAUCGACAGAGACAGCUACAGGAGAAUACUGAUGGGAAGCACUUUGAGGAAGAGGAAGAUGUACGAGGAGUUCUUGAGCAAAGUAUCUAUUUUAGAGUCUCUGGAUAAGUGGGAGCGUCUGACCGUGGCUGACGCUCUGGAGCCAGUGCAGUUCGAGGACGGACAGAAGAUCGUGGUUCAGGGAGAACCAGGGGACGAGUUCUUCAUCAUCCUAGAGGGAUGUGCAGCCGUUCUGCAGCGCAGGUCAGAGUAUGAGGAGUUCGUGGAGGUCGGCCGGGUAGGACCGUCAGAAUACUUCGGCGAGAUCGCUCUGCUGAUGAACCGACCCCGUGCCGCCACCGUCGUGGCCCGUGGGCCGCUCAAAUGCGUCAAGCUGGACCGGCCGCGUUUCGAGCGUGUCUUGGGCCCGUGUUCAGACAUCCUCAAACGCAACAUCCAACAGUACAACAGCUUCGUGUCGCUCUCCGUCUGAGAGCCCCACCCUGAAAACCUUUCCCGCAGGGCCCAGCUCAUGUUCAGAGGCUCAUUACCGCUUCGUUAAGUCCAGAGCUUUAACGGCUGCUUUCAUCGCCGGACACUUGGAGCCGAAUGAAAGGACAGACAAUCAAACGUUGAUUUCCAUCUUCAUGGCAGUGCCGCUUGUGUUUUCUAUCAGUGAAUGGAGAGCGACUGAUGAAUGAACAGAUGAAUAGAGCUGUUAAUGCUCUCGUAUGAGCUGCUGAUAUAUCGUGGACCACUGAUGAUGUUUGAUUUGUCAAUGUUACCCAGAAAAAAAUAAUCAUUUUGGUAUAGAUCGUCCAAAUGGCAGUUUAAGCAAUAAAAAGGUUGUUAUUGAACCAUCAAA